AUGUCGCCCACGCCGACCCUCCGCAGCCUAGCUCUGGCCUCGCACACACCCGCCGGCCACUCCACCACCGACGCCGAGUCCGGUCUGCGCAUCGCCGGCUUCCUCCCCGCCGCCAGCCCGCUCCGCCGCUCCAUCGCCUCCUACUACUCCACCGCCGGCUACUCCAACCGCAGCAGCACCGACGACCCCACCGCCGCCCUCCCCCUCGCCGCCUCCCACCCCACGACCGCCACACCGCCCACCUACGACGAAACCGUCCAGCUGCCCCCCUCCCGCUUCCGCAUCACGCCGCGCGAAGAGGAGGGAAACGAGCAGCUGCCCGCCUACACCUGCACGCUCCACAAGGAGGCCCUCUUCGAGCACAAGCCCGAGAUGAGCUCGCCGUUCGAGCGCGCGCCCAAGCGCCGCUGGGGCAAGACGUACGCGGUGCUCUACGGCACGCUGCUGACGCUGCACCGGCCCCGCCGCGUCCCGUUCUUUGCGUCGGCGGUCAAGAAGGCCAGGGGAAGGGAGGGCCGGCCCGUGGGGCAUGUGCCCGGUGAGAUGGUGCGCUCAUAUACGCUGCAGCUGGCGGAGGUUGGGAUUGCGGCGGAUUAUCGAAAACGCCACUUUGUAAUCCGCAUCCGCGCCCAAACCGAGCAGUUCCUGCUAAGCUGCCGCACGCUCGAGGUCUUCCUCGAAUGGCUUGAAGCCCUCAGCGCGGCCGUCGACCUCUCCCCCUCACUCGAGGAGCGCUCUCUCCCCCGAUACCAAACCCUGCCUCGCCGUCGCCGCCGUCGCCGGCGGGACCAAGACGCCACCACCACCACUACCCCCAACACCAACACCGACACCACCACCACCACCACCACCCCCGCCGCCCCCGAACGCAACGAAACACCCUCCCCGCCGCCCCUCCCACCCCCACGCUCCCGUCCGCGCGCCCAGACCCGCCUCCCCCAGACCGACCUCGACGCCUCCGCAUCAACCGGCAAGUGGGCGCCCGCGCAGGCCGUGACGGCCGAGGCAAACAUGCGGUAUGCGCGGCGGUGCAUGGCCGUCCUGGUCGGCGACGCGCCGCGGCAGAGCGACUAUGUGAUCCAGGACGGGAAGCGGUACAGACUGGUGUACGAGAAGAAGCUGCUGGAGCCUGUUGAGGCGGGCGUGGGGGGGGUUGGCACGGAUGGGGAGGACCAGAUGGGGGUGAUGGGGGUGCUGCCGCCGGCGUAUGAGGCGCUUGUUGUGGCUGUGUUGGCGGCGGGCGCGGGGGGGAAGGGGGCUGUGGUCGGGGGGAAGAUGAGGAGGGGUGCUGAGGCGGCUGAGGAGGAGGAUGGUGAUGGGGAGGAUGGGGAGGAGGACGGGGAGGAGGAGGAGGAGGAGGAGGAUUUGAGGCCUGCGAUUGUGGUGUAG